AUGGGUGACUAUGGCUCUGCUGCUCCCCAUUUGCCCCCUAUUUCCGUCGAGAAUAAUCCACCGCAGGCCUCGGUCUCGCCUAACGAAAUAUCCGUGUUGAUAACGGGCUUUGGACCCUUUAAGUCUAACCUUGUGAAUGCUUCGUAUCUGAUCGCUUCAUCACUUCCAUCAUCAUUUCUUUUCCCGUCGCCCAAAGACCACGACUCGGCCCCGCGUCGGGUCUCACUCCAUGUGCACCCCACACCGAUACCAGUGGCAUAUGCCACCGUGAAAGAAACUCUUCCUUUGAUUCUGGAGGAGUUUGCUGCUUCCCAUGGCGGUCGCAGACCUGAUCUCGUUGUUCAUAUCGGCAUCGCAGCUCCACGCCAGUAUUACUCUGUCGAAAUCCUAGCUCAUCGAGAUGACUAUCACAUCACUGAUAUCGAGGGUCGCCCUGGCUAUGUGGAUGGCGAGAAACGAUGGAAAGAUCUGGGACUGCCUCCGAUUUUGACGCCUGGUCGUGCUACUGAUAACCCCUCCUCUACUUCGCCUUACCAGCCUGGCGAUCAGUUUCUGGAGUUAUGGCGCUCUUUCGCCCCGGAGUCAGACCUUCGAAUCUCCAAAGAUGCGGGUCAUUACCUGUGUGACUUCAUAUUCUACACCAGCAUGUCUUUGGCUCAAUUACAAGGCCAGGAUCGCAAUAUCUUGUUCCUCCAUGUCCCUGGGGGAUCUGAGGAUGCACAUAUUGAGCAAGGUCGGGUGGUUGCACUGGCCCUAAUCAAGACAAUGGUCGCGUGUUGGCUUGAUAAAACACAUUCAGCAUGA